AUGAAAGAUUUUAAUUGGAGCACGUGUCUUAAUAAAGGAAAGAGCACUCCAGUUAUUCUAAAAAAAGAAGAAAGUGACUUUAUUGUGAGGGAGGGAGUAUCUGGCCGCCUGUUAAACAUUGGAGAUAAUUCAAUUGAACGCAUUAAAGUACUGGACCAAUUGCCUGGCAUAACAGAAAGACUUCUCUCUAGUAUGGAUUUACUAAAGAGAAGAAAAGCAUUUGUUCUUUGCAGAAUCACAGAGAUUGAAAGCAAAGAAGACAGAAGGGAAAUUCACAAGAUAUAUUGCAUGCACCCAUUCAUACACACUAAGUCCCUUAGUACAACCGAUGGAUCAACUGAUAUUUUAGUGAUAUUUGACACCCACCAUACAAUGCACACAUUCUCAGGGGCACUAACGAAAAAGGGAAAAACAACACACGAUGCAGUAGAAGUACUAGCAAGAUUAUUAAAGAUACCUAGCCAUCAAAUAAAUUUCGCUGGGAAUAAAGACAAAAAAGCCAUUACAACGCAAAGAAUCAGCAUAUCAGGAAUAUCCUAUUUGGAUAUUCAGAGGGUAGUGAAGAUGAUUGCACAAGAAGACAGCAAACAAGACAAUAUAAUUGAUGGUAAACCAGAAGGAAAUAAUUUGGGAAACCAAAAUGAAAGUACAGAACCAAUCGAAGAGACAGAGGUGCAGGGUGCAGAACAAGAGAAUAUAUCUGGUAAAAAUAGCAAGUUAUUCACAGGAGCAAAUAGGGAAGUGAAGGAAACAGACUUAGAAGAUGAAGGAAAUAUUAAAAUCCUGAAGGCAACUGACAUAAUGGCAGAAAUAGAAAGAGUUGCAAGAGAGUUUGAAGAUAUAAGGGCACCAGAACAAACAGAUAGUGAAUAUCUUGAGAAAGCAAAGAACAUGAAGGAUGGAAUAAUUCUGACCGACAUAGAAAGAGUCCAAGGAGGAAUUCAGCUAGGAGACUUAGACAAAAAUAGAUUUUAUCUGAGGCUAGAGGCAACACAUGGCCUAGAGGGAAUUGAAGAAAGAAUUACCAUGUUAAAAACAGAAGGAUUCCCAAACUAUUAUGGAAACCAAAGAUUUGGAUACGGCAUGAGUAACCCACUAGUAGGAGAGGCAAUGAUCCAAAGAGACUUCAAAAAGGCAGCAGACCUUAUUCUAAAGAACCUGGAGUGCUUGGAGAACUCGCAAAGAGUGAAAAGUGCUUUAGAACACAUAAAUAAGCAAGAGUACUCUCAGGCAGCAGAAAUUCUCCCAGGUAAAUUUCAAACGGAAAAGAUCAUCCUUAGGUCGUUAGAGAGAAAGAUUCCCCCAAAGAUAAUAUUCUCCAGGAUAAGAAGAGAAAACAGGAUGAUGUACUACCACAGUUACCAAAGUAAAAUAUUCAAUGACACCCUUGAGCAGAGACUCAUUCAAGGCGUAAGAACCCAGGAGUACACAACAGAUGAAACCAUUGGAUCAAUCACAGCAAAGAACGAUAUUCAGGAUCUAGUGAAAGUAUCUGAAAAUCCCAGCAUAAAGGAUAUUCUAAUUCCACUGUACCCCACAGAGGAAAUUGGUGAGAAGAAAUCAGAGAGAGUGCCUGAUUUAAAGGGUGGAUUCAGAAAGGGAAUUAUUAUCCCAGGGAAUUUGUGCUAUUCCAUUGAAGGAAAUAUUCUAAGCCUUUCAUUCGAACUUCCUCCUGGGACGUAUGCCACGAUGGUAGUGAAGGAAUUGUCGUGCAAUGAGGUUAUAGAAGUAACUUGGUGA